AUGAUUGUCUGGGUUCAGCUCCCAGCCUUGAAGAUCCAUUUUUACCACAGGGAGGUGCUCACGACGUUAGGGAAUCUCAUUGGGCGAACCAUUAAACUGGAUUACCAUACUCUGAAUCAAGAACGAGCGAAGUUUGCUCGGCUGGCAGUUGAAGUGGACCUGUCGAGGGCUCUGGUUCCCAGGAUCUGGCUUGAUGACGAGUGGCAAUUGGUUGAAUAUGAAAAUCUUCCUGAGGUCUGUUUCAGGUGUGGAAAGAUCGGUCAUGAAGCAGUAGCCUGUCCGUCUAUUAAUCCGGUCGUAGCGCCGGUGCCAUUGCUGACUGCCGGCGGGUCUUCUCCGGCGAGCCCCCAGAUGUCGGACGACCCUAAUCCGGGAUACGGUCCUUGGAUGCUGGUGACCAAGAAGACUCGGCGAAAUCCAAGGGAGGACCAGAAAAAAGGAAAGGGUGAUCAGGAGGCCGGAAAUCAGGCCCUGAAACAAGUCUCUAAAAAUGGAAAUAAGGGGCCUCGGCGAAGGAAAGGGGGCAACCGCUGCUGA